AUGGGCGGAUAUGGAGACAGACACCCACGGAGAGCGAACGUUCCUUCGAUCAACACGCAACCCAUGAAUCAGCAAGGGCAGAAUGACAUGGCAACACCUGGAACGGGGUUCGACAUGCAAUUCACCCCUUUACUUCCAUCCCAACUCCUUCUGGGCUCUCCUUUCCAACCUGGCACUCCAGCUGCUUUCGCGUCUCCUCAAUUCCAGAACUACGCUACCUUCAACCAACAGAACAAUCAACAGCAACAACAGCAGGGCAUGUCUAGUCCGAUUCAGCAGAUGUCUCCUCAGUUGUACCAAUCGCUCGUUUCACCUUCGACCUACGGCGCACCGCAAUUCUACAAUCCCCAAUCGCCGACCGGAGGAUUUGCUUCAAUGAACAAUCAGAUGCAACAGAUGCAGAUCCAACCAUCCUCUCCUGUACAUAUGUCACCUGGAUUGGUUUCGGGUACGAGCAGGACGGUGUACUUGGGAAACAUUCCCCCGGAGACAUCUGCGGAGGAGAUCUUGGGACACGUGAGAAGUGGUCAGAUCGAAUCUGUCCGACUUUUACCGGACAAGAACUGUGCAUUCAUUUCGUUCUUGGACGGAAGCUCCGCCACUCAUUUCCAUUCUGACGCCAUCUUGAAGAAGCUCUCGAUCCGCGGUCAGGAUAUCAAGGUUGGAUGGGGUAAACCCUCGCAGGUGCCAACGUCAGUCGCUCUUGCUGUUCAACAGUCAGGUGCCUCGAGAAACGUGUACUUAGGAAACCUCGAUGAGAAUGUGACGGAGGAGGAGCUGCGAGAGGAUUUGAGCAAGUUCGGCCCAAUCGACACGGUCAAGAUUGUUCGUGAAAAGGCAAUCGGUUUCGUCCACUUCCUGUCAAUUGGCAACGCUAUCAAAGCUGUGUCACAACUCCCACAGGAGCCCAAGUGGCAAUCACCCCGCCGAGUGUACUACGGAAAGGAUAGAUGCGCGUAUGUUUCAAAGACGCAACAGCAGAACGCUGCUCAAUACCUGGGCAUUGCACCCGGGUACGCCCAUGUGCUCAACGGAGCCGAUCGUGACUUGAUAUCGAAUGCUCUGGCUCAACAAUCCGUUGCAGCCGCAGCCGUUGCCACAACCGCCGGAGGAAUCAACAACCUUGGCAAUCGCACCGUUUACUUGGGAAAUAUCCAUCCCGAAACCACAAUUGAAGAGAUUUGUAAUGUUGUCAGAGGUGGACUUUUACACCACAUUCGAUAUAUACCCGACAAGCAUAUUUGCUUCGUCACCUUUAUUGACCCAACUUCAGCUGCUUCUUUCUACGCUUUGAGCAAUUUACAAGGCCUAAUGAUUCAUAACAGGAGGUUGAAGAUUGGAUGGGGAAAGCAUUCUGGCGCGCUCCCAGCUGCCAUUGCUCUUGCUGUGAGUGGCGGUGCUUCGCGGAACGUCUACAUUGGGAACUUGGACGAAUCCUGGAGUGAGGAGAGGCUGAGACAGGACUUCUCUGAGUAUGGUGAGAUUGAGCUUGUCAACACUCUUCGAGAGAAGAGCUGUGCGUUCGUCAACUUCACCAACAUCGCCAAUGCCAUCAAGGCAAUCGAGGCUGUGCGAGGCAAGGAUGAUUACCGCCGAUUCAAGGUCAACUUCGGCAAGGAUCGUUGUGGAAAUCCUCCUCGUCAAGUUCAGCAAGCUCAAUCCCCUCGCAAUGACGGCGUGAACUCGCCUCCCCCAAACAGCGGUGGUCUCCAGCCAAGCCAAAACGGCAGCUCGCCAACUGGUUCUCAAGCACCCGGCUCAGCGAACGGUUCGCAGAACUUCCAAACCGCCCCUACACCAUCCACCAUUCUCAAUGCGGGCAGCAACAACCCCCUCACCUUGUACCUGAACCAAGUCUCGCAACAAGCUCACGCCCAGCAACAGCAACAGCUUGACCCCUACGCCGUCGCUCAGCUCCAACAGCAACAGCAGCAAGUUCUCCAAGCUCAACAAGCCGCUCUCUAUGGCAACAACUCAUCCUCCAACAUCGAUGCUCUCGACAUCCCCCAACAAAGCCAAAUAGGCCACCAACAAUCCGCGAGCAUUUCCGGUAUGAAUGGUUUCCAGAGCGGAAACUCCUCGUCUGGCGCACCUACCGUCAACGGUCUCCUUGCCCCAGCUCGUGGACAGCACAACCGUGCAGUCAGCUUGCCGGUCUUCGCGCAGCAGGUCAAUGGGCAGUUCCAAGAGAAUGGGAAUACGAAUGGCAAUGGAGAGCGGAGGGGACAUCAGUAUCAGAGCAGCUUUUCGGGCGGGAAUUCCAAUGGCAAUGGAGUGUUUGGAAACGGUUAUGGACUAGCGAUACAAGACGGAAUGGGAAUGAAUAUAAAUGGGUUGAAUGGGUGGGCAGAGGAGGAGGUCGUGGGGAACUGA